AGCAGGAAGUGUCGCGGCGGUUCUCCGGAAGUCGCGAGCUCAGAUAUGGGCGCGUGGAGAUGUUCGGUGUUUUGAGGAACGUGUGCUGGAGGAGAGGCGUGUGCACGAGACAUCCCGCGCCCACGCCGCGCGUCCGCUUCGCUCCGAGUCCCACAGGGUUUCUGCAUCUUGGGGGUCUCCGCACAGCGCUCUAUAACUAUCUGUUCGCCAAGCAGCACGGCGGCGCCUUCAUCCUGCGGCUGGAGGACACUGACCAGAGCCGCCUGAUACCUGGAGCCGCAGACGAUAUAGAGGACAUGCUGGAGUGGGCAGGCAUCCCGCCGGACGAGAGCUGCCGCAGAGGAGGGGAUUAUGGGCCGUAUGUUCAGUCCGAGCGACUGCAGCUCUACUCGCAGGCGGCCUCUGCUCUGCUGCAGACGGGACAUGCCUACUACUGCUUCUGUUCCAAUCAGAGGCUGGAUUUGCUGAAGAGAGAGGCCCAGCGCAGUGGACAGGUGCCGCGGUAUGAUAACCGCUGUCGAGAGCUGCCGCCGGAGCAGGUGCAGCAGAAGCUGGCUCAGGGCGUUCCGUGUGUGAUCCGCUUCAAGCUGGACUCCGGCGCAGAGGUGUUCCAGGACCUGGUCUUCAGCUGGACACGGCACAAUCCGGCGGCAGCGGAGGGAGAUCCGGUCAUCCUGAAGGCUGACGGCUUCCCCACCUAUCACCUGGCCAGUGUGGUGGACGACCACGCUAUGCGCGUCAGUCACGUGCUGCGCGGCUCUGAGUGGCUGAUCUCCACUGCCAAACACCUGCAGCUGUUCCGCGCACUGCGCUGGACGCCGCCCGCUUACGCACACCUGCCGCUGCUGCUCAACCGCGAUGGCACCAAGCUGUCCAAGAGACAGGGAGACAUCUUCGUCCAGCGCUUCCGAGAGCAGGGCGUGUUGCCCGAGACCCUGCUGGACAUCGUCACUCACGCCGGAUCUGGCUUCAGUGAUAAUCGGAUCGGUCGGCGUUUGGAUGAAUUAGUUUGCGAGUUUAACAUUUCCAAGAUCACGACGCACUCGGCUCUGCUGGAUCUGGACAAACUAGACGAGUUCAGCAGGGUUCAUCUGCAGCACAGGAUCGAGGAUGAGGAGAGGUGCGCUGUGCUGCGGGAUGAGCUGCGUCAGCAGGUUCUUCACACACACGGCUCUCGGAUCAGCGACCGCACCGUCCUGGAGCCGCACUACAUGCAGCGAGUCCUGCAGCUGCGCAAGGGUCACGUCUGCUCUCUGCGAGAGCUACUCAAUGACACGCAUACAUACCUGUGGAUCCGGCCGCGAGUCACGCGGCAGCAGCUGCAGGAAGUGAGCGCAGAGGUGGAUGACAUCGCAGCAGCAGUCAUACAGCUGGUGGCGUCCGGCGGCUCGUUCGAGUCCACAGAGCAUCUGAACACUGAGCUCAGAUUCAUCGCCAGCAGACUGAAGCACACCAAAUACAGCGGAGCGAUGAGAGUGCUGAGACUCGCUCUGAGCGCGCAACAGCACGGUCCCAGUGUGGCGGAGAUGAUGCUUUCUCUGGGAGAACAGGAGGUGUGUGUUCGUCUUCAGAAAGCUCUGGAACACUGACUGAACAAACACACGGCGACUUGAUCUGUUGAAUUAAGGGGAUGUAAAUACUGAUCUGUGGUUCGUGUUUUAAUCAGAACAUCUGCAGUUAUAAAGGAGCGAGACGACAAAUGCUUUCCGUCUUUGUUGAGGCUCUUCUUAUGGUCACCUAAUGCUUUAAAAGAAACAUGUUCAACUCUUAAAGAAAAGACAUCCCAUAAUAAGAAAUGUACUCUAUGUAUCUGUAAUACUUCAUUAAACUGAAAUAUUAAAGUCUGCUUGCUUAUGUAUGACAUUUUUAUUUCAAAGUCGAGUCAUAUUUAUUUCUAUUGCACUUUAUACAGUCCAGGUUGUGUAAAGCUGCUUCACAGAGAUCAACGUGGAGAAUAACAGAAUCAGUGAUGGAAACGGUUCAGAUUCUCCUGUAAAGCAACUCUGAAAGACAAUCUUGUCAUCAGCUGCUGUCAUUGGUGCGGUUAAGUGAGAAUGCAGUCUUGUCCAUCAGACUGAGCAGCUCCAUGAGCUCAAAAACCUCAUCGAUAUAUAUAACAUCUAUAUAACUCUGUCCAGAUUCCUCUUUUUUGAGAUUCACCUCAUGCGUAUUAUAUACACCAUGCUGCCAUUUCCCGUGACACACUGACAGCAAACACUGCAAUGCCUGGUGUGUUCGAGUUCUUUUCUCCACGAGGAUGAACAUUCUUGGCACCUGCAUGACUGAUUGCUCUCUGCACAUUAUAUAGAAGGGAAAUAUCCUUAUGCAGGCACAGUAUGUGAAUCACACCACAAACAUCUGU